UGUGCCGUAAGCAGCGGGUGAGGCAGGAGCAGCAGAGACAGCUGGACGGAGAGGACGAGAGGAUGGAGGGAUGGAGUGGUAAAGGAGUGAACGAAUGGUGGAUCAGUCUGUGUGUGAGGGAAAGGGUGAGCUGUGGAGCUUCUCUGUUCUGAAUUAUUGAGGCUGCAGUGGGAUUUAAUGGAGGAACUCGUUCAUUAUUAACGCCAGCUAAUUGGAACUGCAGUCGGCAGCGUGUUUCGGAAGUAAUUUCUUCGUUAUCGUUUGUUGUUUUGCGCUGGAGAGAUGAUGGCAGCCUUUGGGAACCACCGCUGCUGCUUAGAGUUGCCUCUGGUCCAAGGUUCCACCUGAAGACGGGGUGCACAUUUUUGUUUUUCUGGACUUUUCUUGGAAAACGUCUGACCCCGUGACUGGACUGCUGAGACCUCUGAAUGUGUCUAGGUGUGGUGUGAUGUUUUGCUGUAUGUGUGGUAGACAUGAGGAAGUACCUGGGGCAUUGUGGGGGACCCUUGGCUCCACCCCUAACCCCACCCACAGCCCUGCCUACAGCGCUGCCUUCAGUUGACCAUGCAGGUUCUUCAGAUCGUGAAAGAGCUGGUGUCUCCCUCACGCCGAAGAGCCAGCUCCAGGUUUGCAGCGUCUGAUGCGGAGCAGGAUGCUGCAGUGAAGCUGGAUCAGGAGCGGGCUGAGAUCGUAGCCAGAUAUGACAAGGGUAAGGAAGGUGCGGCGGUGGAGUCGUGGGAGGAGGCAAACUAUGACCUGUAUAAAGUGGUGGACCGGUUCGGCUUCCUACAUCAGGAUGAACUUCCAGCCUAUAACUCCUUGGAGGAAAGGCAAAAGCAUGUUGAACUGGAAAGGACAGAAAAGUGGGUGAAGAUGCUGAAAAGCUGGGACAAGUACAAGAACAGCGACAAGAUGGUAAGGAGGAUCUAUAAGGGAAUUCCGCUGCAGCUCCGGGGCCAGGUGUGGUGUUUGCUCCUCGACGUUCCCAAAAUCAGGGAGGAGAAGAAGGACUUCUAUGAGAAGCUGAAGGCGAGAGCGAGGUUACUGUCUCCUGAUAUCCGUCAGAUUGAUCUGGAUGUGAACCGGACCUACAGAGACCACAUCAUGUUCAUGCACCGCUAUGACGUAAAGCAGCAGGACCUGUUCCACGUCCUCACGGCGUACUCCAUGUAUAACAGGGAAGUGGGAUACUGUCAGGGAAUGAGUCAGAUCACAGCUCUCCUCCUGAUCUAUAUGAAUGAAGAGGAUGCGUUUUGGGCUCUGGUCAAACUACUGUCUGGACACAGGCACGCCAUGCACGGAUUUUUUGUGGAUGGUUUUCCAAAGCUCUUACGCUUCCAGGAGCACCACGACCGCAUCCUGAAGAAGAUGAUGCCCAAGCUGAAGCAGCAUCUAGACAGUCAGGAGGUUUUCACCAGCCUGUACACCAUGAAGUGGUUCUUUCAGUGCUUUCUGGACCGUACCCCAUUCACAUUAACCCUUAGGAUAUGGGACAUUUACAUCCUGGAGGGGGAGCGAGUUCUGCCUGCCAUGUCCUACACCAUCCUCAAACUGCACAAAAAAACGCUGUUGAAGCUGUCUAUGGAGGAUCUGGUGGAGUUCCUGCAGGUGACUCUGUCGAAGGAAUUCUUCUUUGAAGAUGAUUUUGUAGUCGAGCAGCUCCAGAACAACAUGACUGAACUCAGACGCUCCAAACUCGAGCUUCCUCCAGCAGGUAAAGAUGAUGAGUUUCCGAAGAAGCCAUUGGGUCAGCUACCCCUGGAUCCGGCAGAAGCUGCCAAUCACGUUGCUAACGGGCAGAUGCCAGCCAGGCAGACGGUGGCAGACGGGCCGUCUGUUUUAGGCAUAGAAACGGGCGAAACUGCGAAUGGCUCACCAGAUCCCCACAGAGACAGUCGGCCGGCCAGCCGCGCUGGGAAAGACAGAGACUCUGCGGACAAAAUAAGCCGAACGGGGAAAGGCGAUAAACGAGAGGGGCGGAAAGGAGCUUCGGUGAUGCCGGCAACCCUGGGAACAGGCCUAACACCUGAGAAACACGGGCCCAACCAUGCUGGAGCCAAUCACAACUCAAACGCCGGCUCAAGCGGGCGCAAAGACGUCAUCACACCCCGCUGGGUCAAACCUUCGGAGAGCAAGCUGGAGCAGGCCAAAGCUGCUGCCUUGAGAGAGAGCCAGCAGAGCCUGACCACUGUCGUUCCUCCGUCACCCACCAUCAAGGUCCCUGACGAACAACAGCAGCAGCAGCAACAGCAGCGACAACCCAGGUCUAGAGGUUUCACCCCUGGCUCCAACCGUGCCUCCAACGCCUCUCAAUACGACAACGUCCCAGGACCCAACGGAGAUUUCACUGAUGUUCCAGAGGUGGAACCAGACCGGCCACCUUCUCGUCCGUAUGGCUCUAAACAGGGAAGCCCAACAAGGCCCCCUAGUGGUGGAAUGGGAAUCUCCGCCCCGUCGUUCCGAGUCCCAAAACACACUCCAAUCCCACCCACCUCCGACAUCCGCCCACCAAUACACUACACUCCUGGCAUGACCCCUGUCUACUCCCCUUAUACAUCCAAAGUGCGCCCCCCAGAGGACAGAGGGUACGGGAUGACGUACGGCGAAAGGGCAUACAGUACCACGUCCCGAAUUUCGCCUGAGAAAAUAAAUCGCUCGCCAGAAAAAGGGCCGAUGAACAACAGCUAUGCUACCUACCGACAUCAAGCUAGAGAUGUUACCCCACUCCACGUGGCUCCUGCUGACUUUGGAGCUCGAAUGGACAACGUUGGAGCCAGGAUGGACAAUUUUGGAGGCCGAAUGGACCAUGUUGGACCCCGCAUUGACAAUAUUGGACCUCGUAUGGACAAUUUUGGAGCCAGAAUAGAAAAUGUUGGAGGCCGUAUGGACAACAUUGGACCCCGAAUGGAUAAUAUGAGACUCCGAAUGGAAAACACCGGAGCAAGGAUGGACAGCACCAGCGAAAUCGGACACCACCCGAGACAGCCAACGCGGCUUUUAGGGUCCCCUGCUUUCACGCCAGCCGAGCAGCGAUUCGAAAGGCAGCGGCGAGGUGAAGGCUGGUAUGGAGAGAUGGCGGAGGGAGUGAUGGUGGGGCCUCUGCAUUCUCCAGGUGGGUUACCCCGCUCGCCCAGCUUCCAGAAAGCCCAGAUGUCUCCCGUCCACCCGGUCCAAGAGUUCACCUUCCCGCCUGUGGGUGUCCCGCGGCCCACUCUGUUUGGAGGAUCUCACUACAGACAGGCUCAGGAAGCCUUUGCCCUACAGGAAACCAUGCUGCUCUGAGAGACAGUAAGACAGACGCAGGUGCUGUGUCCCAAUUCUACACUAACAACGAGGCAGUCAGGAAGCCAGAUCUAUACCUAUACCAGACCUAUACAUUGCUUAAUCUAAUUAAAUUAAAAAUAUAUAUGAAAAUUUCACACUGAAAUGUGUUUCACAAGGAAAAUCAAGUGGGAAUAAGGGCAGAAAACUGUUAACCCAGAUUUAGAAUAUAAGGAGGUUUAGGAGAUCCUAUAAAAUUGUGUUAUUUACACUAUUAUGUACUGUUGCUAUAAUGUUAAUUAAAACAAGGGAUGAUAUGGAUUUGUUAUGCAAACUUUGAUCCUAUGAACUACAUUGAAUCUACCACAUAUUUUUUCUCCUUGAAAAGUUUGAUGUCAGAUUACACAAGAAACAGAGUAACGGCCAAAACAGACCUAAAUAUAAUGCCAAGCUGAAGCACAUAAAAAAAGCAAUGUUUUGUUUCUUACUGUUAUCAAACAGUAGGUUUACUUAUUGUAGAUUUAUUUAUUACGCUGACGUGUAAUCCCCUACAAACUGGCCUUUUUGUGUUUUUUUUAUUAUUAUUAUUGUUAUUAUUAUUAUUAUUAUUAUUAUUAUUUAUUUAAAUCUGACCGCAGGACAUUCUGUUAUAGUGAAACCCAUUUGUAAAUUGCAUCCAAUAUUAGAAUUGUGGGUAGCUUCGUCCUUUUUAUUUCUAAUCGUCCCAUUGUGGAAUAGCAGUUGUUAAUAAAACACCAAAUAUUAUGAGAAAAAGAACAAAUCUGAAUGUUAAAUAUCUAAUAUUUGUGAACAUAGGCUUUCUGUAUAGUGUACACUUUGUGUAUAAUUUGUGUUUAGUAUAGAAUUGGGACACAGCAAGAGUGUUUGAGAUCUACAGAGAGAGAUAUAUAGAAUGUGAGAGAGAGACGGACAGCAGGUGAGGCUUGUAAUACAGUACAGUGUGUAUCUGAAGGUUCUGUUAAAGGGUUCCUUAUCUAGAACAGAGUGUCUAGGUGUUUUUUUUUUUGAUAAGUUGAGCCAGAAGUAAAAAAAAUCCGUCAGAAGGUUUGUCAGAUCUUGACUUUGGGCUCAGGUUAUCUGGCUAACUGAAAAAUCCUGCUUUGUUUGGUUUGCGUUUGUUUGUUUGUUGUGUUUUUUUGUUUGUUUGUUUGUUUGUUUUUGCAGACCACCUGCCCUCAAUAUCCCACCAACUUGUCCUAGUUUACCUUCUCAGACCUAAUAUUUUGGUUUUUGAUUAAUUUUUAAAUCCUUAAAAUCGUAACAACUAUUGUUUGAGAAAAUGUAUAGAGUUUUUUUUUGUUUGUUUUAUUUAAACGUCCUUAUCAACAGCAUGACUGUGGGGGGUGGGGAGAAGUGUCUGAUUAAUUUUACAUCUUUUUUUUUUUAAUAUAAUUUAGUUUUCUAUACGCCAGAUACACUAUAUCUGUAUAUAAUGUAUACAAAAUUUAGAGUUCAGUUUAUUCAAUAUGCUUGUGAAUAUCAUAUUUUUCAGUAAGGAUUGUCAAAAGGUAUGUCAAACUAUGAUCAAGAAUGAUGACAGUGGGGAAACAUCCCUGUCGAAAGCAUUUCAGUAAGACUGCACCACCAAAUUAUAUAUAUAUAUAUAUUUGUUUUCCCUUCAAUAGAAAGGAAAUUCCAGGGCAAAUGCAGUAAAGAGUAAGAAAUCUGUUCAGCAGGUGAGUUUGUUUACUUGUUCUGUUCAUCGCUGCUCUGGGAGCAGGUUGCAGGAUUAAUUCUUGAUGUAAAAGGGGAAUUCCACCAAUUUUAUUUAAGCGUAAUUUAGUGGUAUAGACAUAAACAAAGCCAUUUAAAAUUAGUUUAGCACUUAGUUGUCUUUCCACUGGUCUUAAAUGAAUCCAGAAGACACUAGGACUACAUCACAAAUUAUACACACACUAUAUGGACAAAAGUAUUGGGACACCUGCUCAUUAUUCAUUGUUUGUUCUGAAAUCAAGGGUAUUAAAAGAGUUUAGCCUAUGUAUGUAGGAGUAAUUGUCACUACUGUUCAAGGAAACUUUAUAUCACAAUCUGGAGCAAUGCUGUGAGAAUUUUAUGGCAUUAAGCCACGUGUGUGAUUUCUGAAAAUGCAUCAAUGUAUGUGCAUUUGCAACUUAAUGCAACUUAAAGUAGAUGAAUGCAUUUAUUAGAAGGGGUGUCCACAAACAUUUGAACAUAUGAUGAAUCCCUAUUUUAUUUGCUAUCUAUCAAAAUAUCUAAAAUUACAAGUGAACCUACCAACACCAUGUUUUCCAGUUUUAGAUGUAAUGGGGAUGAUUACGAAAAAAAAAAAGGUAACAAUUGAAGACUAUUUUACCUUACAGGACAUGCAUGUAUCCCUCCACCAUGAAUGUGAUGCAUUUUUUUAAUUAAAUUAAAUUUAAUUUAAUUUAAUUAAUGUAUUCAGCACUUUUUAUCAUAAAGAAGCCAAAGGCGACAAUAUGAAAAAAAAAACUCUCAGAGCAAGAGGAAGAAACAACUUUGUUUUUAUCUUAACCAUUAAAUUAUGCAAGGUAUUCUGACCAAUCGGUGGCAUUCUCCUUUUACUUCAGUCCAAACACCUCUCCAGAAGCUUGUCCAGGCCUUCUGAUUGGUUAGUCUGCUCAGGAGGCUACACCUUGUUUUUUAUGUAAUGAAAGCUGAUUUCAUAAAGAAGCUGUUUAUAAGAGUCAUAACACUACUGUUAAAGAUGCUUCAAACAUCAUUCACUACGCUGGAGUCACCUGCACAUUAUGCAGUAUUAGGGCACAUUAACUGUCAAAGGGCACUAUUACAUUGUUUUCACAAUUAGUGUUGUGGCCACGCAUAGUUGAAGUUGAUGUACAAAUAUUGUGUGUGUAUAUACAGUAUACAGUACCAGUCAAAAGUUUGGACAUGCUCUAAUUAAUAGUUGUUGUUUUUUUAUUUGUAUUAUUUACUACAUUGUAGAUUAAUAGUAAAUAAUUUAAAACUUUGAAGGAACACGGAUGCAGUUAGGUAGUAGACAAAAAAAAAACCACCUGAAAUAAAACCCGAACCCAGGCGGUUUGGGAUGAGUUUGAGCACAGAGUGAGGCAGCUGACAAGAGCUCAGCACCUCUAGAACUCCUUUAGGACAGUUCUAGGUUCUAGCUCAUGAAGCCAACUAAAACAAUAAUGCCAGAGAAGGAUCAGCGAAAUAAGAAUCUAAAGUAUAAAAAUAUUUUGGCUUAUUUAGCACGUUUUUUUUUUCUACUGCAUUAUCCGAUAUGCAUUUCUUUAUAGUUUUAAUGUCUUUAAACUUAAUCUAAAAUGUAGAAAAUAAUAAAAAUGAAGAAAAAACUAACUUAAAUUAGAAGGGGGUAUUCAAAAUGUUGAGUGCUAUUGUAUAGUACUGUGCAAAUGUCUUAGACACCUGAGCAGCUAUUAAGCUGGCCACAGAGUUUAGGUUUGUGCUUGUAAAAGCACUGUACAUAGCAUUUUUUAUUUAAAAAAAAUAAUAAUAUGUUCUAUUGAUGUUUAAUGUAAACAAAUAAAUUAGCUAGAAAAUAUUGGUUUGGUUACAGAUUUCCCCCAGUCGUCAUACAGACUAUUUAAUGCAAUCAGCUGCACCUGAUUUACUUUAAAGGUAUUUCAUUUAGUUGUAUUAAUGUAAUUAAAGUGAUUGCAUAAACCCAGAUGUAUACCAGAUGAUUACAAUUACAAUUAUAUUAAUUAAUGCUAGGCUUUGUUUGAGAUGUCUAAACUUUUUGAACAGUACUGUAUAUGCAGUAUUUAUAUAACUGUAGAUUCAUGGACCAGCCUUAAACACAAGCGUUUUUAGCAUAGUUAUUUAUUUUUUACUCAUACUUACAUUUUGUGCUGUGGAUCAAAACUGAAACAUACAUAUUCAUUCCAGCUCGACAUUCCAAGUGGUGAGUUAUUAAUAGACUGUAUUCCUACAGUCUGGACCUGCUGACCAACCGCUGCUCCUUUAGAACGCCUGUAUAAUUCUUUUAAUGCACUACGCUACAUAUACUAGUAGAUGGACUCAAGCCUGUUAAUUAGAAGCAGGCUUGGCUGAGAUGCAGCAGAGUUUAAAUAGGGUGUAAUUUGUGUUGGAUUGGAACGAGGCCCAUGCUGGUGCUGUUUCUCCAUCCACUGUUCCUCAGUGUCUGUUUUCUGUUUGUAUGAAUUGGUUUUGUUUGUUGGUUAACUGAUCAUAUCCAUUGUGCACUCCCAUGUACAGUAUUACAGAACUGUAAUUCAUAACAUAAGACUACUAAUAUAAUAUUUUAUUUUAUUUUUCUUAUGUUAUAUAACAUAUUAUAUCACAUUUCACAUCUAUGAAAAUGACAUUUCUUGAUUAAUACUCCACACAAAUGUACUUAAACCUAGAGCUCCACUUACAUUAAAACACAAGACUAUAGAGUUACACUCUCUGUCCACUUAUGAAUGUCAUAUCUAUAAUGCCCUAUAAGCACAUCCAUAGCACAUUAUAUUGUAAUGCAUGCAUUAAGCAUAAUUAACAUUGUCUAUAAAUAUGUAUUUAAAAAAAGCCCUGCACAGUCAGGUUUAUGAUGCAUUAUAGAUUAUGACUAAUCUAAAUGAUUAUGAUUGUGUACAUUAUAAUAAACUAAACUAAAUUCAGCUUAUGAAGCAAAAGCAUUAUGAAUAGAAGUGUUUAUAAUAUUGAAUAGUGUUCUGCACACAAUGCAUUCAAUUAUUAGUAUAUUGUGUGAUGAAUGUGCUCAUUGCGUCUUAUAGACAUUAUAUGACAUUAAUAUGAAGUGUUACAGAAACUCUGUAAUCUCUCUAAUUUCCAGUGCACUCCUGAUGUGCACUCUCAGAAGUACACACACACACACUCUGUGUUUAUUAUCACCCUGCGUAUGUUAUCUGCUGCGUGGUGAGGCCUGUACCUGUACCUGUAUGUGUAUAUAUUGAUAAGGAUUAGAGCAUUUUGAUACAGAGUUUCAGUUGUGGUUAUUCUGACAGGAGGGUAAUUUUUUGUUCUUUAAAUUUUGGUUACACUACUAAAUGCAACUUGACGAUCAAAAAUGACUUUCUCUAAUAAAAAUGAAACCCUGGGUGGUGAUGAAUGAA